UAAUAUGAAAAUUUUCACAAAAAAUAAAAUAAAAUGAAACCUAUUUGGACUCUGCAUUUUAUAUAUCAAUCCCAAUCCUCUCCUACUCUACCAAACAAACGAGGCUAUAAAGUUGAUCAUUUCUCUUCUUAUCCUGCCUAAAAAAUUUGUUCUUCAUCAAACACUGUAAUACCAUUACUCAUCCAUCCGAGCAAGAUCUACAAGGCUAGCUAGCUAUCUUCAUGGACCUCCACAAUGGCCAAUUAGGAGCAAGAGAGUUGUUUCAAGCUCAAUCCCACAUAUACAAACAUGCAUUCAGUUUUGCAAACUCCAUGUCACUCAGCUGUGCAGUUCAGCUAGGCAUACCAGACAUAAUUCACAACCACAAAAAACCCAUCUCACUCCCUGACAUAGUCUCAUCACUCCAAUUGCCUCCCUCAAAAAUCAAUGCUCUCCACAGACUCAUGUCCUUGUUAACUCACUUGGGUUUCUUUGCCUCAACAAAACUUGAUCCAAAUCAUGGAGAUCAAGAAGGGUAUGUCCUCAUUCCAUCAUCUAGGCUUCUCAUCAAAAGUGAAUUACCCAAUUUGUCCCCACUUUUCCAAACCGUGAUCGAUCCGUCUGAUUAUCAAAACUCAUCACAAUGCAGGACCUUCCUAUUUAAUGAAGGAAUGGCCAGUGACUCAAGAAUGAUGGGCUUGGUAAUUAGGAGUGAGGCAGUGUUUGGAGGGUUGAAUUCAUUGGUUCAUGUAGGGGGUGGCACCGGUAUCAUUGCUCAGAUCAUUUCUGAGGCAUUUCCUAGUAUAAAAUGCACAGAUUUCGAUCUCCCACAUGUUGUUGAGAACUUGCCAGAGGGGAAGAACUUGAACUAUGUUGGAGGUCACAUGUUUCAGUCUUUCCCAUCCGCGAAUGCCAUUUUCUUCAAGGUAGGCAAUUAUUUUCUGGAUUAUUUCCAAUGUUUCGAUAUGGAAAUCAAACCUUGCUUGUACUGUGCAAUAGCUAGGUUUGUAGGACAAUCUGUUACUUGGUUGAAGUGUGUUUUGCAUAAUUGGAGCGACGAGGACUGCGUAAAGAUAUUGAAGAGAUGUAGAGAAGCUAUUCCAAGCAAGGAAGGAGGGAAGCUGGAAAUAAAGCCCUACCAAACAGGGCCAUUCAUGAUGGUUUUGGCGAUUGGAAGAGAAAGAAGUGAGAAAGAGUGGGAAAAGAUUUUCUUGGAGGCUGGCUUUAGUCACUACAAGAUCACACCCAUCUUUGGUUUAAGGUCCCUCAUUGAGGUAUAUCCUCAAAUUAUGUGGGGAAAAUUUCAUUUUGCCUUCUUAUAGUUUUUCCCUUCUGUAAAUUAUCUCCUAUGAUUUAGAAAUAAUCACAUAAACUUUUUAUGAUUUGUAAAUUGAAGUGUACUCUUUUUCACCUAACUUAAUGUUAAGUGUGGAAACACAUGCUAGGAUGAAAAUAGUACACGGAGGUUAAAGUGAACUUUGUCUCCUAAAAAAAUGACGAAAAUGUUUAUGAUUUGCACAAUGAAGUUACUUAUGUAUAAGUGUAUUUUAGUGUUUUUACUUAAGCUUUUACUACUAAAAAAUGCACGUUGCGGCCGUUACAAGCCGUUGCAAAAAAUAAAAAUACAGUCACAAAAGACAUUUUGAGACGGCCAUGCGACGGGAAAUGGAGGACACAAAUGUGAGGGUAACAAAUACUUUUUACGACGGUAAAGCGUCGGUCACAAAUUAUUUGCAACUGCCUAACCUACUUAUUGCAUCUACUAUUUUGCUGUGGAGAAAAACAAAAACAAAAAAAAUACUUACUAUGUUUUAGCGACUAUCUUGUUAUUGUUGCAAAUAAUUAUUUAUUAUAAAAUA